AUGCAUGUUGGCCCUCGUCUGUUAUUGCGGCAUGGGACUGAUCGAGUUCCAGGUCCCCGAAAACUCGACAUCACCUGCUGCGACACUGAGCCCAGCAUUCUAGCCCGCAACAUUGUCCUGUUUUCCUUCAUCAUCGAUCAUGGCGAUGACCUUGACAGCAGCUCGCUUUGGAACAUGUACUAUCAUCUCUAUCUCGAUGGUUCGGAUAUGGAAUGCCUGUCGUCACAAUCCAAAAAGCUGGUCGCGUCCUCUGAGAACCUCGAGGCUUGGAAGUCAGGCGUAUAUGGCAGUAUACUUCCUUUCAGCGACGAGGGGACGCUGGAUGACAUUCGAGCGGUCUGGCUCAAGUACGCAGCUGCUUCCACGGAACCCGACUCUGCACAGAGGGAUGCCUUCCAGAGCCACCUGAAACGGUCCUUGGCUGACAUGGCCUUACAAUUCCGAAGCAAAGAGAACGAGUUGCCCUUCGUCACCACUGCUAUGCGCUCUGCAGCACCCAUAUUAACUGCAAAACAAGAAGAUGUUGUUCAGGAAUACAAGCACUUCUGGAAGCACGGAACUAUCGGCUUCGACGCGCCAUCCAUCCCCAACCCCAUGAUCGCAGCCUCCCUUUCCGAGCAAGUCGCCCUUCAUUAUGGCACCAAUCCCAUUCUGGGGUUCCACCUCGCCACGGGCUAUGCGCCCCUGGCCGAGGCGUCACCGCUGCGUCCCGAAUACCGUCAUGAAAAGUUCAAGGCAGUGGCUUCUGCAAAGGCCCAGUUCAAGGCUUGGCUUAUUGCCUGCAGUGCCUUGUUCAAGGCCCGUCACUUGGUUGUGAGAUUUGCUUCUGCGGAUGUAUUUGCCUUCUGCCAUACGUUGCAGCACCAAGAUUCGUCAGCUGGCUGGUACAGGCGACAGUUCGACUCGCGCGUGCUCGAGUUGAACGUCGAACCGGGUGUUCCAAGAGUAUUCGAUGUCAUUGAUACGUCCAACCUAGCCGACCAUGUCGGCACCCUGAACCUCUUGGUGUCCCUCAUACCACUUCUAGCUCCGCAGCCGUGGGCGACGCUAUCUACAGAAACACUUCUGAAAGGCUCAAGCUCCUCUGAUCAGGAAAUCCUCGACAACCUCCUUUGCGGCCACGCUCCCACCGUCUCGUUGCUCCUCGGCGUCAGUCCAGUUGAAUACUGGACGAACGCCACAGCCGUCUCGACGCUGCAAGAAAUCAUGCUGGGGUUGAGCGCCUUUAAGACCGGCCCUACCCAGGUUCAUAGCCGUAUCAGUUGGAAACACAAUGGAAGCCUGUCCGGUACCCACGCCUCUAUCCGUGUCGAGAUUCAGCCUCAAGAGCUUGCCGCGAUCGUCUUUCAGAUGUACCUGAAGAUGUUCGCACACGAAAAUCCGAUGGCGAUGCUAACACUAAGUGGCCCUGGUAGCUCACAGUACGGUCCAACCUCUGUCUUUACUCACUUUCACCGCGGCAGCCUCAUGGCAUUGCUCAAGUUUCUUGGAAAGUCAACACUCGUCGCAGACAUUGCAGAGAUCUGCAUGGAACUAGAUAAAAUGAUUCUAGCGGACAAAACUCUCGUAUUCUCGAGCCAACAUGCUCAGGAGAGAGGCUCACUUUUCCACGUGCACAACCUCUUCUCCCCCGACUGGCUUCGCAGCGCAAUCCGCCGCAGCCCAUCUGCUGGGCCAUUUGCCGCCUGGUCCGAAAUCCCCGAAGUCGUGGCUGUUACGUUGGUUAUUCCGCGUGCAGAAGUGUCCCGACUGUACACCAGUUCACCGGAGGCUAGGCUUUCUGCACCGACAUUCAUGGGAUCGUUGAGAUCUAGUCCUACUGCCGCCAGCCAGUGGCACAACACGUUUGGUGACGUACAUCUGAAUUUUGGCACAGUCAGCACUUCAGGUUUGGCAACAGAAGACGGCUUCUGUGUGCACGUAGAUCAGGACGAGAACGGGUGGUCCAGUAACGCGCCACUGAUUGCCUCGUUCUAUGUCCCUGCUGUUCUCGGCCCGGAAAUGCUGGUGUUCCAGGCACGAUUGGACGAAACCAAGCAUGUCUUCGUCACGAAAUAUCUUCCUGGUCAGAAAAGAUACCCAGUAUAUUGUGCAGGGCCAGCAAAUUCUGAUACUGCAAGCGGCACGCCUGGUAUUAGUGGACAAUCGCGCUUCAUGGCCGAGAGUGACUUGAGCGGCAAGAUAACCAGUAUAGUUGGCCGCUUGAGCCAGCUCCCCCAGCAAGCUGAACAGCUUCUGAAAGACAAGACCGUUGUGAAGCUUCGUCAAGCGUCACCGUUCACGGUUGAGUUCGUCUUUGUCGACACUAAAGUGGCUCUACCCAUGACGUUUCCAGUCCCAGUUGACUCACGCAAUGGACGGACUCGCGUCGCUCGGAAGUCGGGCUACGUUGAAGCCGUAGUGCCCUUUGGGGAGCCUCUGUCUCUACCAGCCCUGACGGACUUCAUAUAUCCAUCUUUGGCCGCACAGGCUCGCGAAGUGUCGCAAAAGAGAGGGGUGAAGUCGACAUCUGCUCGUCUUAACUUCAAGGAGUCUCUGUUCACCAUUUUCAUGAUCGCCUCUGGCUUACAGGGAGGUCAGACGGGGCUUUUCGCCAUUGACCAUCCCGAUCGCGGCGGGAUCCACAUGCUUCUCUUCGUCUCGGCGUUCCGGCUCGACGGCGCCGCUUCUUCGAUCGUUCUCGACGCCGCCAUUCUCCCCUUGACCGUAUCCAUCAUCACCUCCGGCGACGUAGGCGACUUCCUCAUGACGCUGCGCACCCUGGAAAUCUGUUCCAUCACAGUUGACGAUGACGAGCUCGUCCUGUGGAAGAGGGCGCUGCCUGCUCUGGCUGAGCGGGGACGCAGUUGGUCCCAUAAGAAGUCCUGUGAAUACGUCAAGUCUGGCAAGAUUCCCCUCUCCGUUGAGCCUGGUGAAUCGGUGCUCUGUUCCUGCGGCGUCGGUCGCUUCCCUGAUAGCUUUGUCGGCGUACCGUACUGGGAACAGGGCGCAAAGCACGCGACGCGCAUUGCCAUCAGCCCCACGUUCGCCGUGUCGUUCGUCGAAGACGUCUUUGACUUUGACAGAUUCCGUUCGCUGGCAAGCAAUGAAGACGUCCCCGCAAAGGAGCGUUGCAGCAACUGUCGCGCGACCGAGGCCAAGGGCACGGGUGGGCCGCUCAAGAAGUGCUCUCGAUGCCAGACAGCAAAGUACUGCAGCGCUGAGUGUCAGAAGAAGGACUGGCGGGUUCACCGAGGCGAGUGUGCGCCGAAGCUGCAGUAG